GUGCAAGAAUGUUACUUCCACAUUUGAGGUUGUCCGAUUGGCAACUAUCACUAUCAGUUUCAUUUUUAGCCAUCAAUUCAAAACGUAUGAUGACGAUCUAGUCCAAUUCCAUCAAAAUGUCACUUCAAAGUGGUUUUGCUAUCACAAUUGACGAUGUUGAGAUUAGGAGACAUCUUAGGCAGUUAGGUGAGCCCAUAACCUUGUUUGGUGAGGGGCCUGCUGACCGUCGGAUUAGGUUGAAAGAUUUAAUCGCUAUCCAUGGUAAUGACGUGGUGGAUAGAAAAAAAGAAGAUGACAGAGAAGUUGUAAAACAAGAAAAGGAUCAAAGUGAAACAACAUGGUAUCAUGAAGGCCCUGAAUCGCUGAAAAUUUCUCGCCUUUGGCUUGCAUAUUACUCCCUCCCAAGAGCUAAACAAAGGUUGUCUGAUGUCAAAAUUGAAAUGGAAACACCAGAAUCAACAAGAACUGCCAAAAGACAAGAAAUGGUAAAACAAAUGAGAAAUAUGAACAUUAUGUGCAGCCAGGUUGGUGAUGGGAGACCAGUGUCAUUUUGUCAAUUUAGCCCUAAUGGAAAUUUUCUGGCUACAGCAUCAUGGAGUGGACUUUGUAAACUGUGGAAUGUCCCUGACUGCUCAUUGUUUCGUUCCUUGCGUGGACACAAGUGUAGUGUUGGAGCAAUUGUUUUUCAUCCCCAAUCAACUUUAAGCUUGGAAUCUUCUGAAUUAAACAUGGCAUCCUGUUCUAUGGAUGGUGCAGUAAAACUGUGGAAUUUGGAAAGUGAAGAACCCAUCGCCGAUAUGGAAGGUCAUGCUCCUCACCGGGUGUCUAAAGUUGAAUUCCACCCAUCAGGAAGAUUUUUAGCCACAUGUGUGUUUGAUAAUUCAUGGAGACUUUGGGACUUGCAGCAAGGUGUUGAAGUUCUUCACCAAGAAGGGCAUUCCAAACCUGUAUAUAACAUAGCGUUCAAUAUUGAUGGAUCAGUUGCUGUCACAGGUGGCAUGGAUUCGUUUGGUCGAGUUUGGGAUCUUAGAACUGGACGCUGCAUCAUGUUCAUGGAAGGUCAUCUUAAGGGAAUUUUGGGCAUUGAUAUAUCACCAAACGCAUAUCACAUUGUAACGGGAAGUGAAGACAACACAUGUAAAAUAUGGGAUCUAAGGAAGAGGUCUUGUAUUUACACCAUUCCUGCCCACACAAAUUUAGUAUCAAGUGUGAAAUUUGAAAAAAGCUCAGGGCAGUUUAUUGUCUCGUCAUCCUAUGAUGGUACAGCCAAGAUAUGGGCGAGUAACACUUGGCAACCGCUAAAGACGCUUUCGGGACAUGACGGCAAGGUUAUGGCUGUUGAUGUGUCACCUGAUGGUUCUUUCAUCGCGACAGCUUCGUAUGAUCGCACUUACAAGCUUUGGUCUCCUGAAUAAGAUGGAUUAUAAUUUUUGAAUCCACAAUUUUUUAUUUGAAUUGCUUUCUUUUAUAAUAAUUCAUAACAGCGACAAGUUAUAUAAAGAGGUGGGGCAUAAUUGCUACCAUAAAAUGAAAAACUAAAAAAUAA